UUUUUGUCUUACCAAGAUACAUGUUAAAUGUUAGGUUAAACAAAAUUACCUAAGUACAUCAUUUACAUUUUUACUCAUUUGCUAGAUAUAUUUGUAUGUUACUAAACUAUUAAGAACUUAAGUAUUAUCUUAUCAAAACGAGACAAUGGGCAUUUUGACACGUGGAUGUAAAUAAAACAAGUUAUAUUAAUACUCGAAGUCCCAUUUUGUUCAAAUAAUGUGUGAAAAUCGUGAAAUUUAAAUCAAAAUAACGAAAGCUUCUUAAUCAUUUAUUUUGCAACUGCCAUACAUCUCCGGGGUCGAUCAAGAUGUUCAUUUGUCUUCUGAAGUUUUUAAAUUUCAAAUAUAUUUUGUCACCAUGUCGCAGUGGAAGACUUUGAUUCAGUCUGUCUCCGAUCGCAAGACUUAAUGAUAUUGUGGUUUUGUGCUAUUUUUAGUUAUUACAGAUAUUUAUUCGUUUUUGAUCCACGUAUUUCGUUCAUUUCCCAUUUCAAUAUACAUAGGAGAGUUCCGCGAUAGCUAUCAAAUAUGCUUCAAUAUAAGAUAAUAAAUAGCUCAUAUUCAUCAUUGAUAUCCAAUUAUUUAAGUUAUUUUUUUUACAGAAAAUCAUAUAAGCAAGGAACAGUUCAAAUAUUUGGUUUUAAAUGAUACUUGAAAGAGCUUUGCAAACACAUUGGGCAACGAAUUAAACUAAAAAGUAAACUACAAGAUUACUUAGACUCAGUUACUGAUACUGAAACUGCAUAUUUCUUCAAUGAAGAUUUAAUGGUUAUUAAAGCGAAAACAAACUGUAUAGAAAUGAUGCAAGUUGAUCAAGAUCAGUCAGUUAUUCUGACAGACAAUACUUUGGAUUUGGAUUCCUACUUAAGUAUACCAAGUAGGCUUUCACUGCCAGAAUUUGAAUUGAAGAGUAUCCGCCAAUGUACUCCACAAGUAAAUAGUGUUCUAAAUUAUUAUCAAAAAUACAAACAAUUCAACUCGCAAAAAGAAGCAUCAUUGUUGAUGUUUUGGUGAAAUAUCACUACACAUUUAUUGUUAACAAAAACAUCAAACCAGAAGAAUUCAAUUUGCUAGCUGCAAAAAUUGUUUCACUUUUCCCAACUGAAAGUAUAUAUACCUACUAUAUGAAAGCUGUGCCAACAUGCAAAUCUGCUUCAAGAAAAUAUGUGCUCGCUAAAGGCAAAUUAGUGGACAAGGUUCGAAAUCUCCUGUACAUAUCAGGAGCAAAGUGCAGGGGCAUUAAACCCACUUGCUCUAAUAGGGAUUCGGAUACAGAUGUAGAGUCUGUAGAAAAUAAUCAAGGGACUGCUUCAAAUGACGACGCUAUUUGGCUGAAAUAUAACAAUGAGCUAUGGGACCAAGUUUGUGAAAGGUGGAAUAACACCUUUGAAUUAAGACACAAACAAAAAUUUGAAACUGUAUAUGAUUUUCUUGAAACCUGGGCCAUUUGAAAAGACAGCAAAGCAGAUACUCUGCAAUGACAACGACGCAAAAAAACGAACGAAAAGAAAAAGAGCACACAAGCAGAUCACAUUCAGCCAUUAGCAUUUGGUUUGUUGGAUGACAACUUGAAAAUGUUCAAAUUCAAAUGGGAUUCAAGUUCAACCCAGGACCUUGUGCUUCAUAGGCAGAGUCACUACCCACGAAGAAAGAUACAGAGGCCGUUAAAAUACAAAAUAAUUCCGGUGCAGAUUUACCUGCUAUAUUUUUUAAUACCACCCAAAGGCCGAAAAUCUAGGAAAGUCAAGUUCUCAACCAUUGAAUCAAUCCAGGGCUUAUUAGUUCAGAUAGAUGACGCCGGAGAUAUCGACAGCGUAAUCGCAGCCCAGAAAGCUAAGGCUGCAGCCCGGAAGGAUACCGUGCAACCCUUCGUGCUCAUACAAAGACCGCUACAAAACUUCGCCCAGAUAUACAUCGUUAUUCAUGAUAUCAAAUACCACGUGCAUUCAGCUGCAAAGGCGUUCGACUCAUUGUUUAAGAUUUACCACGUUUUCCACGCCAAGUAUCCCCAAGUGUGUGAGCACCUCCACGUAAUUAUUCAAAAAAAGUGUAUCAAAUCCAUACGGCGUAUGAUACAGUACCACCGUAUAUAGUUGACGUUUUAAACUUAGAUGUGUAAAAUUUGGUCUUUGUAUUUUUAUUAAUAGUAUAGGAUCCGUACUAAGCUCGAUCUUCACCAACGUGUUAACCAGAUGAAAAUAAGUUUCUAAACAUGUCUCCUCAAUAAAAAUGAA